CCAUCGCCGCUCGGACGUGCCUACGCGACGACACCACGCGGCCGGCACGCGGCAUGUGAAACACGCGCACAUUUCAAAUUUGGAACCAAAAAUAUUGCACAGACUAAACAGACAAUUUGAUUUUAAUAAGUUAAUUGAACCUGCCAGUAACAUUUUAGAAUAUUUUGUGAAUGAGUGAAUGAAUUUUAGUGUAAACUGUUUCGAUUGAAGUUCAGACUCGGCUGUACAGAAAACAGGGAGAAAUGACCUACGAUGGGAUCACAUAGGCGAGCGAAUCUAUUAGAAGUGGAAAGUGUUCAAAAAAGUUCAACCAAUUGAUCUACCAUAGUUUUAACUCUGUGACUCAUAGAUUUUUGACUUUUGUGUAGUGAUAUAUUGUGGAAUGUGAGUUGUGACGACACCAUGCUUCUACAAAGGCCUAUUCUGUUCUACACAUUUAUAAUAUUCCUUGUUGUAUGCCUACAGUACACAAAGACAGACUCACAACUAACCAGCACCGAAGUGGGGCGACCGAUGCCGCAAACGACGCUAGCGCUUCGAACAAAAGAUACGACAUUCGCGUGGAGUGCGUGGGGCACUUGGAGCCCCUGCUCGCGGUCCUGUGGCGGAGGAGUGGCAGUCCAGGAACGACAGUGUCUGCCCAGAGACCCUACUAGAUUGCGUCGCAGCAGAAGGAGAAGGAAGCUGUCCAGAAGUACGGAGAGAGCGAGACAGCAACGGGACGUGGCCGUGGUGCGAGGUCCAGACCCCGAUUGUCCGGGCCUAGCGCGCCGGUACCACGAGUGCAAUACUGCGCCGUGUCCCGGCCCGCCGCGGGACUCCCGCGCAGAGCAAUGCGCGGUAUACGAUCGAAGACCAUUUCGCGGACGAUUCUACACAUGGGUGCCUUACGUUGAUGGCAACGCACCGUGCACCCUCAACUGCCGACCGCGCGGCCAGCAGUUCUACGCGUCCCUCGCCUUGGUUGCUGACGGUACCCCUUGCACCAAGCCAGGGUUCAGAGCCAUUUGUGUCCAGGGAACUUGCAAGGUGGUUGGCCGAGAAGUAUUAUCGUCUACAACAAACCGGGACAUCCAGUGUGGACGUAGACUAGUAUCGGGACUGUUCUCCCGGCCCAGGCUUCCACUGGGCUACUCAUACGUGACCACGGUGCCACGUGGAGCCUGCAGACUAAACGUCUCCGAGAUCGUGCCCAGCGAAAAUUAUAUAGCGUUAAAAGUAACAAAUGGCUCUUCUUACAUCAUGAAUGGGGAAUUUGCUGUGAGUGCGCCAGGUACCUAUGAAGCCGCUGGCGCACGAUUCGUGUAUACACGUAUGGCUGGAUUAGAUAAUGUCUUCGCUCUUGGACCCAUACAUAACUCCAUCGAUAUAAUGAUUCUGUACACUCAACCAAAUCCAUCAAUAAAAUACGAGUUUCUUACUGAUGGAUCUGACGAAAGUAACGACAUACCUAUAUCGAACAAUGAGCCACCACGUCACUCAAUUCAACGACACCAUCGACACCACGUCGCCGAGUCUCGUAACGAAAUUUCGAAAUCUGAAACUACCCUGGCGAAGCGACCUGAUUUUAAAGAUUUAGAGUCAAAAUCGCAAAUUGAAAACAAUAUUAUAGGUGACAGAAAAUUCAUGUGGAAGAUAUUGUCAUUUUCGCCUUGCUCGCGAAGUUGUGGUGGAGGUCUUCAGGUUGGGAAAUUUAGAUGUGUUGAAAUGACGGAAGUGGGUGAUAAAGAAGUAUCUUCAGCACAUUGCUCAGGGCCACCACCGUCGUCUAGAAGACGUCGAUGUGGAGGCGCGCCUUGUCCUCCAAGAUGGAGAGCGGCUGCAUGGGGCGCUUGUCCUUUAUGCGGUCCAGCCCAACGAACCCGAAUUGUUGGAUGUGUUCAAGAUCACGCUCGAGGUAUUAUUAAGAUAAGUAAUCAAAAAUGUCCACUACCAAUGCCUCCAAAUAGUGAGCCAUGCGAUAUUCCUAACUGCGAUGGAACCGCUGCCAAAACAGUGACUGCUAGUCCAAGACUUGACACUCGUAGACAAGUGCAUCCCAAAGAACGCACUGACACCUUCCGAGAUGGACCAGUUAUAUCUCUUGCUGGAGGAUCAUCUGCAAAAGAAGUCACUCCAGUGAUGUCCACAAAUUAUAGUCACAGUGCUCCCGGUGGAUGGUUAUACACGGAGUGGUCAGACUGCGUCGGCUGGUGUCUCGGAGGCGGUGUGAAAUCCCGGGGUGUCCGGUGUAUGGAGCCCUCAGGCUGUGCUGCACAUAUCGCGCCCCCUUCAACGCAAAGCUGUUCCCCGAGGAAACGUUGUGAUGCUCACUGGUUUACCGGUGAAUGGUCAGCAUGUUCAGCGGAGUGCGACGGCCGCCAGGUCCGGGGGGUGAUCUGCAUCGGAGGGAACGGCAGAAGGAUGCGAGACAUCGCGUGCAAGACGAAUAAACCCGAGACUGAGAGGAGCUGCGGGGGCGCCUGCGCACCCUCGUGGUAUCUGAGCGAUUGGACAGAGUGCCAAGGCCCAUGCGAAGCAGGUGUCCAAUCACGUACCGUAUGGUGUGCGAAAGGUGGGGUGGAGGGCGCUUCGGGGGCCGCCCGAGACUCCGAGUGCGCUGGAGUGCGGCCCCCGGCCAAGCGCUCGUGCGUCCCAGAACGCUGCUCUACCAAGCCCAGCGUGCCGAUAGAUCUUAAACCAGUUCCUAGUGUUGUAGAUACACAAAGAGUCACGAGACACCAAAGCCAUAACACACAGAACUUCAAAGAUAGAUCACCAUCGGGUGAAUGCAUAGAUAAGUUGAGCAACUGCGCCCUCGCAGUGCAGGCGCGCCUGUGCCACUAUCCCUAUUACGCCGACUACUGCUGUCGAUCGUGUCACGGAAGAACUUAAAAAUAGCAAUGGUAUCUAAACAAACGGACUACUGAUGGAUGCUAUGUUACGUAUUAAAAUAAAAUUUAAACUGUAGUGAGAAACCAGCACCACUCCUAAAAAUAAAUGAAAAUACUUAUGUAUUAUGCCAUCAUAGUCAAAAUUUAAAAAUGAUAACAAUGUUUCAAAGAAAAUCUCGAAUUGUUUAUAAAUCUCAAGUCUAAAAUUCGAAUACGUGCGGAUCUGAAUACCAGUAGGUAAUUUUUUAUUUAUAUCAAUACUUAGCACCUAACUAAUGUCACGCGCUUAAAUAAAUGAACUUCUGGAAAAGUACGUUACGUGAAGCAAACACUAAAAAGGAAUACAAAGAAUCUUAAAUGCUAUUUUUCCUAUCUCUUAUUCAGAAAUGACACUGCAUUUGUUUUUAUUUGCAAGUCUUUACUUUUAUUUAUUUUACAUGUUGUGCGUGCUGGGUUCACAUGUAAUACGUGACUAGAAAGUCGAAGCACAUCUUUAUCCCUGAGAAAAUUCAUUUAAAAUUACAUCUUCAUUUUCUCGUUAAUCUAAAUCCUAUAUUUUUAUUUUUAUAUUUCAAUAUUUUUCAUACUCUUUGUAUAGAAAAGAAAAGUUUGUUCAGAAGUGAAAAUACUCCACAUUUUACAAAAGAUUGAGUAAAAAUUUUUUUUUCGUUUAAUGAAUAUUCUCAGAGAUUUAAAACAAUUGUAAGUAUUAGGGAUAGGUAGUGUUGUGAUCUCCAAAUAAAUUAGUCGUGUUAUAUGGAGCGAUCUGUGGACAUUAAGUAGACUGCGAGGAAAACAUAUGAAAAAACAAAUUUAUCUUGUAACAUUAACAUUGGAAAUUUAAUAAACGUACUUUUAGACUGUUUAUAUGCACAUUGUAUUGAUUUGAACACCAUUUUGUACGUAGAUUUACCAAAUAUGUAGUAACUUGCCUACGUUUCACAUUUAGGAGAUUAAUGUAUACUUAAUUAAAGGAUAGUCCACAUUGACAAUAUGAUGUGUUAGUGUUGUAUGAGGUACCAAGGAAUGUGCCAAGUUACAUUUCAUAUUCAAACCCGUCAUUACAAUAGAUAAAAAUGUUCCAUUGAUUUCUUUAACUCUUCAUUACACUGUCGUUGUUUUUGUUUUUAUUAUUAUUUAGUAUUUCUCAAAAAUCUUUGGAUAUGUUUGAUAUCAUGUAAAAUUACCUUUUCACUAACAUUAUAAUUAAUAAUAGGAUCCUAUCUAUUUAAAUUGAAUAUAUUUUGUGAAUACAUGUUGCCAUUUAGGUAUUUCCUUAGAUAGUACUAGAUACUAUUUAAUUCAGAUUUUUAUGCUAGUAUAUGUAUGUGUUAUGUGGCCUAUCUUUUUAGUACUUAUUUGUAAAUGUUAAUCUUAUUUAAAAUAAUAAUUAUCAUUAUUUGCUAUAUUUCUGAAGAUUUAAGAUUAGUGUAAGUGCGAAAAGUAUUCCGUAAUUUUUACGUUAAAACAAAAAAGAAGCCGAAAAUAUAAAUGUAAUAUUAGAUUUUUCAAUUUAUUUUAAAUCUUAUUCAUAUUUUGAAUAUUUUUUUUCAUUUUCAAUAUUUUUACGAAAAAGUAUUUUCUAAACAGCAGACAAAAUAUUUUAAAAAUAAUUUUAUUUUAAUAAAUCAAAUGUUCAUAAUUUAUUUUAUCAAAGAGUAGACGUAAAUCAUAUUGUAAAUAGUAUGUAUAAGUUUUAGUGCAUUUACAUACCGGCUGUUAAGUAUUUAUGUGAUUUUUAGAUAAUUGUCUACCGCCGCAGUUUUAUUGUGUUUAUCAGAAUGCUAAAAGUAACUACAGUGAUUUCCCAAUGUUCUUUACUAAUCAUUUCAUUUAACAAUGUACAAAAAUUAAAAGCUUUAAAACACUCG